AGCCUGGUGGAGAAAAAAAACCGAAAUAACUUUGCAUACAACUACGGGUAUGUUUUAACCUUCUGGGGCCUGCAAUCCUUCCCUGUCAGCUAGACCAUUCCUAUUCAUGCUUGAAGCAGUUAUAAUUUUCCAAAUUUCAUGAUUGAGACAUUUUCUUGGUGUUGCAGUCAGGUCAAAAUGAAUUUGCAAAAUUUUAAACGUUUUUUAUAUAUAAAAACCUGCAACAGUUACAGUGAAGUUUAAGGUUAAAGCAACAACAACAACAAGAAAAACAUCUUUUAAAACAUCAACUCUUCUAAAGCGACAUCUCAAACAAAAAUCACUCAUCUUAAAGUCUGGUUGCAACUAUACCUCAAUACCAACUUCAAUUCCCAACUAGGCUACUGUCAAACAACCAAAGCAACAGAGGUCCCCAAAUCAUACCAUGAAGUUUUGCACCAUGAAUGGACCAACAGAAUCUGAAGUUGAAAGUAUGCUAAUGAGUCCAUGCUGGGGACCUACACAAAACGGAGGCCAAGAUCAAUAUCUACUGGAUGGUCAUAAGCUAUUGCUGGAACAUGAUUUGGACUCACUGCCCAGUGAUACGGAACAAAAGAAUUCGCUGGAUGUGCUGGAUAAUCUGCUUAUGAACUCCACCUCCCUAAAUGGUCUCUCCGAUUUGAAACCUCUGCCUCCGUUUACCGGCUACACUGGUCACCUCUCGAUAAAUGGCAUUUCGGGGCAUCACUAUCAUGCCAUAGCACAGAGGCUACCCGAUGAGAGCAACAACAAUUACAUCCAAAGUGCCUAUCAGGCUGCAGGCAAUGGCCUGGGGUCAACGACCAUACACCUGGCGGCCUCCUCCUCGGGCAAUUCGCCUCUCUCCUCGUCACAUGGGGCCGGGGGCCUAUCGCUGGCCUCCAGCCUCUCCAGUAGUCAUAAUUCCUCCACAGAUCAUAACAUAGUGUCCUCGACGUCGACGUGCCUGCCCGAAAAUGUCCUAAGUACCGAAGCCGAUGCCUGCCUGCACGAUGUGAAACUCUUCUCCGAUAGUCAAUUAGAUAGUAAGCUCUACUCCCUGGCCGAUAGCUGUGUAAUGUCCAAUCCCUCCACCAAUACGAGUACAACGUCAACGGGUCUCGCAGGUCAAGAUCCCGAUUCGGGGGGCGUGAGAAUCUAUGCCGAUGCCAAGGAUCUGACCGAGUAUGUGGACAUGAACUCCAUCGAUGAUAUAGCGGCAAUCAUAGGCAGUGCAAUAGCCGAUACUACAGUACCUAAUCAGCUGGACAAGGAGGAUGGCAAUGACACACGGGACUCGUGGAUUGAUUUGGAUGCCUGGAUCGAGGGCAAUUGCAUACAGCAGGAGGGGGGCAAGCUGGUGGUGACGCAGCAGGACUCGUUAAGUGAAUUCAUACUGCCGCAAUCGCCCAUACACCCCAGUAGUUCCACCCUACAAAGUCUGCUGACCCAUGGCUAUAUGCCCCUGCUGCAGAAUCGCCUACAGAAUGGUCCCCCCUCAUCGUCCAGCAUAAAGGGUGAGGCGCCCAGUUCUACCUCAUACUGCAAUGAGCUGACCAGCUCCACAUCGGCCAGCCCGCCCGGCUCGGUGGUCUCCACCACCGACAAUCUCAUGAUCAAUCCCCGCUAUCUCACCAAUCCCACGCAAUAUCACAUAACCAUGAAAUCGGAUGGUCUCUGCAGUCCCGAUUUGAUGGGCAACUUUCCACACACCACCACCGUAACGCCAACGGGUACACCAAAAACCAAACGCUCGCGCUCCACAAAAAAGUCAACACAGCUCAGCAAUGGACCAGCAUCGCAGCUCAAUGUGUCGCAGGCCAACGGCAAUGCUGGUCCACCGCAACUCAACUCCAUUACAUCCCCCACCUCGGUGAAUUUCAAUGCCAACGAUCUGUCGGGUCUGCUGGGCAAGGAGAAGCCGGUGCACAGGUGCAGCAUCUGCAAUCGGGGCUUCCUCAACAAGAGCAACAUUAAGGUGCAUCUGCGCACCCACACCGGAGAGAAGCCCUUCCGCUGUGAGGUGUGUGCCAAAGCUUUUCGCCAAAAGGCCCAUUUGCUCAAACAUCAACAGAUACAUAAGAGAAUUGGGCGUGACUGA